AUGUCAGAUUGCCAUCGUGUGCUUGCUGCCUUGUUUGGCAAAUGUCAGGCAGCGUUGGCCUUCCUGCGCGAAGCGGCCCUUUUGCUUCGCAGGCACCGUCGUCUCUAUUCCCUCCUUGACAUGGAGGGUGGUAUCUUUGGCCUGGGCGGGGUCGCUGACAAAGCAGUGACGCUUGCUUGGCACUUUCAGGGUCUCAGCUGCUCAAUCUCGCCGGCGCUGGCGAGUGCUGCAAAGGUUCUGCCAUCCAGUAUCCCAAAGCGGAACGAGGUCAUCGCAGAACUUUUUCCAUUCAAGGAUUCUAGCCAAUGGCUUUCGUCAGAAGUGCUGAAACAUUUCAGCGCCGCUGAAGCCAUUCCAAAACAGGCAAACCGGAAGACAUCGAAGUUUGCCAGCUUCCUCUCCGAGCCAGAGUUGAGAGCUGCGUGCGAGAUGUGCGAGUAA